AUGGUGAAGAAGCUUGGAUUAGAAACUCAGAAACAUCCUAAACCUUACCGGCUGCAGUGGCUUAAUGAAGAGGGUGAGAUGAGAGUAUCCACACAAGUCUCUGUACCAUUCUCCAUUGGUAGGUAUGAAGAUGAGAUUCUAUGUGAUGUGAUACCAAUGGAAGCAAGUCACAUCUUGCUUGGUAGGCCGUGGCAAUUUGAUAGAAAAGUCACACAUGAUGGCUUUGCAAAUAAGCAUUCUUUUGAGUUCAAUGGUAGGAAGACUACUCUGGUGCCUCUGACUCCUAAGGAAGUGCAUCAAGAUCAGUUGCAGCUUCAAAAGAAGAAAGAAAUCGAUCUCAAACCAGAGAAGAACAAGCAGCACAACUUCUAUGCCAAAUCUGGUGAUAUCAAAAGAUCUCUUCACUCUAACCAGCCUGUUCUAUUGCUUGUUUUUAAAGAAAUUCUUUUGAAUCUAACUGAGUGUACACCGGUGUAUCCGAGUGAGAUGUUAGCUCUUUUACAGGAAUUUGGAGAUGUAUUUCCAGAAGAGAAUCCCAUAGGUCUACCACAUAUCCGUGGGAUUGAGCAUCAGAUUGAUUUUGUGCCAGGAGCUACUCUUCCUAACAGACCAGCAUACAGAACUAAUCCAGUGGAGACUAAGGAGCUACAAAGACAGGUUGAGGAGUUGAUGGAGAAAGGCCACAUCCGUGAGAGCAUGAGUCCUUGUGCUGUACCAGUGCUCCUUGUACCCAAGAAGGAUGGAAGCUGGCGCAUAUGGAGUAAAGGUGGACCAGGAGAAGGAAUUGGUAUUGGUGCUGUGCUUAUGCAGGAAAGAAGACCCAUAGCAUACUUCAGUGAAAAACUUGGAGGAGCAACUCUCAACUAUGCUACCUACGACAAAGAACUCUAUGCUUUAGUAAGGGCUUUGCAGACCUGGCAACACUAUCUAUGGCCCAAGGAGUUUGUCAUACACACUGAUCAUGAAUCUCUCAAGUGA